GUCCCCGAUGCUCUCGCGAACACCCGCGCGACGCGCCGGGACCCUCUCCAUCGUCCUCGCCAACGGUGCGCUCUACCUUGCCCACUGGGCCGGUUUGCAAACGCCUGCCGCCGCGCUGCUCCUCUCCGGGUGCGUCUUCCGCUGCCUCACCCUGCCCUACACGAUCUACGGCGAUCAGUGCCUGCGACGUGCCGCCUGCGCCAUGCCGGAGCUGCAGGAUGCGUACAAGGAUUACUUGAGCAUCGCCGACCACCCCAACGCCAUCGUGUGGGAGAAGCGGGUGGCGGCGCAGAAACUGAAAAACGAUCGGGAGCGCAUCUUCCGCGGCUACCGCACCAACAACGUGAAGAUGACUGCCCCUUAUGCGGUGGCCGCGGCAGCCUCGCUGUACUGCCUCGGUGUGCCGGCCCAGCAGAUGGGUGCUUUUUUCAUUCAAGACGCCGGCAGGACGAUUACGAGUCCGCUGGCGGUCUCGGCCGUCGCCUCGGCGGGCCACCUCGCCUGGGUGACAUCGCUCUCUCCCACUAUCGCAACGGCAGCAGCAGGGGCGGCCUCGUCCUCCUCCUCCGCAAUCCCCGCCACGACUGUUCUUUUUGCCAUUGAUCCCACCCUCGCGCUCGCGGCGGGUCUCACGUGCUUCAACGUGCACCAGCACCUCCGCCAGCGCAUGGGCUUCAACGACCGUCUCGACCGCUGGAUUGGGCACAUGCGUCGCGCCGUGCUCGGCAGCUGCGUCGCCGUCGCCGCCGGAUCGCUGCUCGCCGGCCCUGUCGCGUACGCCUGCGCCGUCCCUGCGCUUCAGUUUUUCCCUCCCUACCUGGCCCCGGUGUGGCUGGGCAUGGCCCUCACAACGGCCUUCAAAACUGUCCUCGUCAACAACACCGCGCCGGGUCGUGCGCUCUUCCGGUUGCCCGACUACCCGCCUCCACACGGAACCUACGGCGAGGAGAGCACCGCGGCGGGGCACGAGUACCGUCUCGCCUUCACCGGCGUGGAUGUGGAGGAGAGGCGGCACGUCUGGCAGACACAGAAGCGUAUUUUAGACUACGAGUGCGACUUGCGCAUUCGUCGCUGGUUGUCGCGGCUGGGAUUGUUUGAUGACCUGGACGAGCUCGCCUACGAAGCGGAGCUGCUGCGGCGGAAGCGGGCUGUCGCACGCCAGCGUCGGCUGGCUCGUGAAUCGGUUUCUUCUUCCUCUGCAUCCUCCGCGGAAGGCGAGCAGGCGGGGAGAAGCGGAUCACACACGGCGGGCAUGACGCAAGCGGCCCGGCGUCGACACGCCAUGCGUCACGAGGCGUCCCUCUCUACGCAGCGAUGUCACAACGUGGAUGGCUCCGAGGGUGUCGCCGACGAAGCGACGGCUGCGCUGAUAGAUCACAUACAGGAAGAGGACAACAAGCGACGACACGAUCUCAAGGUAACCCGUGAGGCGGCGUGGAAGAAGCGUCAUGAAUGA